GAUAAAAAGAUCCAGUCUAAUAACUCUCCAAUUAUUCCAGUAACUAGCUCACCUGUAAAUUCUACUUUGUCUAGAAAAAUAAGAAAAACUACUAUUUCUAAGUUACCAGUACAAAUGUCACAAAAUAUUAAACAAAAGUAA